AGUUGGUUUUGAAACUACACAAGAAAAAAGAAAACAAAAAACAAUUAACAAUUUCCUCGGAAUGCAACCUACAACUAGCAGUAUCAGCCAAACAACUAAGAACACCACAAGCACAAUCAACGUCACACAGGGCAGCAGCUGCACCAACAAAACCAAAUAAUCGUUCAAGGAGGAAGAAGCCCAAAGAGCAAAUGCCGACAUCACAACAACAACAUUCGGAGGAAGGUGAUUCGUCACCUAAUGUCAACAAAACCAAAGAUGAUAACCUAGCGGAAACUGGCUGCGUGCGUUACGGCAAGUGCAAAUGGUUCAAUGUAGCCAAAGGUUGGGGUUUCAUUACACCAAACGAUGGCGGGCAGGAGGUAUUUGUCCAUCAGAGUGUCAUAAAAAUGGCCGGCUUUCGGUCGUUGGGUGAGCAAGAGGAAGUGGAAUUUGAGUGCCAACUAACUGAACGAGGUCUGGAAGCGACACGUGUCAGCGGCAGCAAAGGACUUGACUGCACUGGUAGUACCUUUCGACCGCGAACAAAAAAACGGCGGCGCGUACGUUGCUAUAAUUGCGGUAAAUUCGCUAACCACAUCGCAUCUUUGUGCCCGCAGGAGCCACAACCGAAACGCUGCCACAUAUGCAAAUCCGAAUCACAUUUCUUUGCCGAUUGUCCAAUGCGGCUGGGAUUAACUACUACUGCUGAAGCAGAGGGAACUUCACAUGACGAUAAAAGCCAGAGUGGUGAUGCAGAAACGUGAGAAUGGGGAACGGGGGGCAGUGGCCGUGGGAUUGCAAUAGGUGGCAAACAUUUACGCUAACGUUUCUCUUGGGAAAUAUCAAGCAGAUUUUCUGCAUUUAAAUUUACCUCCAUAACUUUGGCGGAUGAAUAUUUAGUACAAACCUAAAAAAUACUACAUUUUUCAUAUAUUUAAAAUGUAUUUUUUGAAAAAAUUCAUUCACGAUUAGUUUAAAAGACAUUUUUUAUUUAUAGUUCAUACUAAUUUUUGGAAUAACUUGAUGGCCAAAAUAUUUUACUUAAAAAAUCAUUAUUUAUGUAAGCAUAUAUGUACAUACAUAUAAGUAUUCAUGUACAAAUAUUUUCAUGCAAUUUAAGGUACAAUCGCAUUGCCAUUUUUUAUUAUUGAGAAGCUACUUAGAUUUUAAAUUAAACUAAACAACUUACUACCUCAAUAAUGUCUACUUAGUUAUGAAAUCCAUAUUUUAAGUAAGUAAGUAUUUACAUGAAAAAAAAAUUAAAUACAUUUUAUGGGUCAAAAUAUAUGUGAACAUAACC